AUGUCGUUCUUGAAGCAGUUGAGGCGCCGCUCAAGGGCCAGCUUUCACUCCGAAUCCAAGAGCGCAUCGCAUAAGGUCCAGGAGGUCUCCGGGAAGUCCUCUUCCACGAUCGACACUACCUCCCACAGCUCCAUCACUCCGCCCUCGUCGAUUAAGCCGACCCUCUCUUCCCCCAAUCUCCCGUCGCUGAGCGAAGCCGAUUCCAAUGGCGCCAGCUCGGCGAGCGCGACACUGCCGCCACCCCCGCAACGGCCAGGGCUCUUGGUGGCCAAUCCGCAACGGAAUAGCGUCUACGGCGGCUCUUCUUCGUCCAUCAAUGGAGUAUAUCGUUCGGCCAUUCCCAGCUCGCCCUAUGCGCCGAGAAUAGUAUCGAUCGCCGACAAUUCAUGGGUCCAUCAAAAAGUGCUUCUCGUUUAUGGCCAGGCCGGAGACCCCAGAAAUCAACCGCUGGACGGGAAUGUAACGGUCUACCAUCACCAAGAUAAUUUUCCGUCGAUCGGCUGGCCCGUCACGGCAUCCCACUUCAAAGCUCUCGUCCACCUAGUCCCCGGUCCCAAUCGUCUCCGAUUUGAUUUCGUUUCGCCCAAGCUGUCGACUGGUAGCACCCAUCCUGCGGUCCACUCGAUGUGGAUUUGCAUCAACUAUCUUCCGCUGGUCAACACUCCGCCCCUACAACUGGUCAUUUUGAUUGGCAAGGACUCCGAUGGCACUUACGACGCCGUGCCUGAGAGAGCGGAGCGAGAAGGCAACGGACUGGAAACGGCAAUCCGAAAGUACCGCACGGCCGCAUAUCUCUGGCAAGCUUUCACCGGAGAGCAGAUGUUCCGGAAUAACUUUGGACGACGGUGCUUCCGCUUUGAAGAGGAAUGGCAGUCCGGCAGUCUCAGCUCCCGAGACUCGGCAGUCGGUCAGAUGCGCAACGAGGCCAAGAUUCACGUCGUUCGGAGCGAGAAGACAGUAGCAGAGCUCCGCGAUCUCAACAUUGCUCAACAAUACAGUGAAGCUCAGAAGAAAGAUGAACUCUUUGAUAUCGCGAAGAAAGCUGUACGGAAACACUUCAACCCCCAGCCGGGCCAGCAACAAUAUGUUUCUGUCCUUUUGCUCGACUCUCACUGGGACAUAGAGUCUCAGACCAUCACCGGUCACGCCGCUCUUGGAUCUGGCGGUGACGAUAUCAAGAUGGCCAUUUUCGGUUCCCACAGUCUCCAAAGCUACCCAUCGUGUCUUGAAGAAGUGGUGGAUGCAUUUUCAGACUGUACACGAACCGACACUAAUUACGUCGCCAACGACUGUGGCGAAGCCGGAUCAAACUGGGAAUCAGCAAACAUUGGAAUUGGUGCUCACUUGCACGAGGUUGGACAUCUCUUUGGUUGUCCUCACCAGGAGUCCGGUAUCAUGCUACGCGACUAUGUGCGCCUUGGUCGGUCAUUUAUUACGAAAGAGCCGUUCUCGACGCGCACCAAGACCCAGGGACUCAAGGUGUGCGUGCCAAAUGAUGAGUGCGGGUGGCAUCGUUUGGAUGCACUGCGUUUCCGUUUCCACCCAUGCUUCCGCCUCCCAAGUGAUGCGUCUCCGAGCUCCGAUGAUAGCGUGCAAGUGUGGCCCGUGGAGAAUGGCAAGAUUCUGUUCACUGCCUCGUCGGGCAUCGCGUUCAUUGAGUUGUAUGCGGAGGGCGAGAACUUGUGUCACAACUUCAUUGAGUAUUUGAACACCGAGUCGAGUAGCAACGGCCUGCCGAAGCAAGUCUCCCUCACGGAAUCCGAGCUCCGCCAACGAGUCUUCGGCAGCGAAAAGGAGAAGAAAAAGAAAAUUCGCUUGGUCGUUGUCUCUGGGGCAUUGGGCAGCUACACCGUUGAGGACGUAGGGCAGUUGAAAUCGAAGAAUUCGCUCGUCAAGCUUCCCAAGAGCCAAUCCGGCUACAGAAGUGGGAAACUCGGCCACUCAAAUUUGGAGGGUAGCGAGCCCGAGGAAGUGCUGCUCGAGUGCGCUUUCAUUCAGUCCAAGCUCCUCACCUCCAUCAAGGUCUAUCAUGGAUACGCGUUGGACGGCAUUGAAUUCUGCUACGAGGAUGCGACGAGCCAGCUCUUUGGAAAGCGUGGUGGCAAGCCUGGCGGUGAUGAGUUUGUGUUCGAUACUCGACGUGGAGAGAUUCUCCUUGGAUUCUACGUUCGAGCUGGGCUCUGGAUCGACGGUGUUGAAAUUCUCACCAGUAUGGGCAGGAAGUCCGGCUUCUAUGGAAAUGCCUCGGGUGGAUCGGGACACACCUUGAUACCACCUCUGGGAUACAAGAUUGCCGGAGUUUCAGGCUCGAGUGGAUCCUGGGUUGAUGGCUUCUCCCUUAUCAUCCAGCACUAA